UAUGCACUCCGUUAAUCUUACCUCCUACUCGUAACUAUACUUUCAGCCUCGUGGUUACGACCCCUUCUACGUUCUUUCUACUCACAACAGCCAUGGUCCACUCAGCAGACAGUAGCGACCUCACACUCUCUCCCGGCUCAAAGGCAAGCUUGCUGCCUCGUAAUAGACACACUCUUUCCCAGUCAGACAGAGUACAGAGUUUCGCAAGCAUAUCGACAGAGUCACCGUACACUGCUGGUGCAGGUUCCAGGUUGGCUGCAAUAUCACACCGCUUUCAUUUAUCCCCAGACCCUCGUGACUGGGGCUCCAGUUUAUACAGUGAUUGCAAGGAACCCGACGAUGACCUUCACAAUCCCAGUGUCAGAGACCACAAUAGUUGGGGCCCUGAUCGCGGUCUAGCGAAUAUCGGUUGCCUUCUUAUCAUGGCCGUUGGCCUAAUUACCCUUUUCGCUGGAUAUCCAAUAAUAACAUAUUUCACGAGAACCUCGCUAUCAAAUCAAGGUGGGUUCAACCUAGGCGGAAUUAAUGCAAGUGGCCAAAUACCAAAAAUUCCUGGUAAUUUGGGCCUCAUCGACACCGACACUCCCGGUAACGUCUUUACCAAGCCCUCUUGGAACGGUGGACCGGACAUGGAGCUCGUCUUCUCUGACGAGUUCAAUACUCCAGGGAGAACAUUCUGGCCAGGCGAUGAUCCAUACUGGGAAGCUGUUGAUCUACAUUACUGGCAAACGAAUAACCUGGAGUGGUAUGACCCUGCGGCGAUCACCACCCAAGACGGUUACCUCGUAAUAACCUUGUCUCAAAAGGAGACCCAUAGCCUGAACUACCAGGGCGGCAUGAUGUCCACAUGGAACAAAUUCUGUUUCACCGGUGGAUACAUCGAAGCGUCCGUCUCAUUGCCUGGUGUGAACAACGUAGUUGGAUUAUGGCCCGCUAUCUGGACACUCGGAAACCUUGGUCGAGCCGGCUAUGGCGCAAGCUUGGAAGGAAUGUGGCCAUAUACUUAUGAUGCCUGUGACAUCGGCACUGUACCAAACCAAACCGUUAAUGGCCUUCCAAUUGCAGCUACUGAAGGCGGUGACUCAGGUCAAAACGGGAUCUUGUCUUUCCUACCUGGCCAGCGGCUCUCGCGAUGCACUUGCAAGGGCGAGUCUCACCCAGGUCCUAUGCACUCAGAUGGGACGUUUGUGGGGCGCGCGGCUCCUGAGAUUGAUAUGUUCGAGGCGCAGAUUACGGGAGAGCCUCUGACAGGUCAAGUUUCCCAGUCAGCACAAUGGGGUCCUUUCAACGCUGGUUACAUCUGGAAAAACACGAGCGAUAACGAAAUAAUACCGAACCCGUCAAUCACAGUUCUAAAUACCUACAUUGGCGGAGUGGAGCAGCAGGCUACCUCCGCCGUGACAAACACGAAUCAAGGUUGUUACGAGGGUGAAACAGGAUGUUUUUCGGUGUAUGGUUUCGAGUAUCUUCCUGGCUUUGAUAAGGCGUACAUAACGUGGAUAGCAAACAACGAAGUUUCGUGGACACUCAACGUUGCAGGCAUGGGACCCGAUCCCGCUGUCGGUAUUUCCGCUCGACCCAUACCGCAGGAGCCAAUGUACAUUAUCAUGAAUUUGGGCAUGUCCACUAAUUUCGGUCCUGUCGAUCUGGAACACUUGCCUUUCCCUGUACACAUGCGCGUGGACUAUAUCCGUGUAUACCAGCCCUCAAACGCACGGAAUAUUGGAUGUGACCCGAAAGCCUUCCCUACAGCAGAUUAUAUUAACACGUACAGCGAGGCGUAUACCAAUCCAAACCUUACCACCUGGAAGGGCGACUUCAAUCAGCCAUUCCCCAAGAACUCGUUCCUAGGCCAAUGCUAAUUUUUUGUUUUGUUUUUGUUUGCUUGUAGCUGUCGACUCAUCACGUCUGCGACGUUGCUUCACUUACCCCUUCUGCUGUAUCAGUACACACCUGCACCCGACUUCAGCAUAUUCCCUUCUCCCAUCUCCACUAUAAUCUCCCAUUGCCUAUUUGCAUGUCACGUCCUCGUUCGCUUUCCU